GGGAAAAACCUCUCACCUCCCCAAAAACCUCAAACUCGACAGCACAAGCUCAGAAGGCAAGAGUUUACAGCUUUACAGACAAGGAGAUGUUGAGGUCCAUUGUGAAACAAGCAACGCUCUGGAAGCCCCGACGCGACGGGAUAAUCCCUCAGCCGCCGGCCCAUCUCCGAUCAAAGCUCUAUUCUUCGAAGAACGCGAAGGCAUCUCUCACAAAGGCCAAGAAAGCGGAUGCCAAGUCGAAGUCCAAGACCACCGGUUCCUCGUCCGCCACCGCAUCUACCGCAGGUGAAGAGUUCGAAUCAGCCGGCGCCGACGACUUCGAGGCUGCUCGAGCCCGACGCCUGGACGAGGACGAGAAGGACCCUUCUCUGGAUGUGGGUCCCAAUGGACGUCCCUUGUUCACUUCGACUCCCUCGCUCUCCCAGCUGACGCGGAAAGACGCUUGCUCAUAUAUGAAGUUUAGUGACAAGGGAUUAAGGGAGGUGUUGCCGGAAGGGUUGCCGAUGGGAAUGGUGACAGAGUUCAAGGAGUCGAUGAGGCCAGCGUUGCUUGUUCGACAGAGUUUCGUGGAUCUUCGUGAUAAUUUUAGACGCAUUGUUGAUCCUCCAAUGUGGUCUUCUCAUACUAAAGCUCCUAAAGCCAGGAAGCAAGUUGUACUGGACGGUCCAGUUAGCUGUGGGAAGAGUAUUGCGCUGGCAAUGCUUGUGCAUUGGGCUCGUGAUGAGGGUUGGCUUGUUUUAUAUGCCCCUAGGGGUCGUGAAUGGACUCAUGAGGAUUUUUCUAUAAAAUCCAGGAACAGGUCUUGGGACACGCCUGUACAGGCUGAAAAUGUUCUCAAGGAUUUUCUGAAAUACAAUGAAUCACGCUUACAACAAUUGCCUCGCCAAAUUUUCGAUCCUAUUCCAUUAGGAGAAGGUGCCGGUGUUGGAUGGAUGAAAGGAGUUGAAUCGAUGGCCCUCCCUGAAGGUUCAACACUGUAUGACCUGGUUCAAAUGGGAAUCAAGUACUCACAUGCAGCUGUUGGAGUUGUAGUUAGGCUGAGAAAAGAAUUAUCACUUGUGAAAGAUGUCCCUGUGCUUAUUGCAAUUGACCAGUAUAAUAAUUGGUUUACAUUCAGUGAGUAUGAGGAGCCGGUGACUGUCCGAUCUUGUCGGCCAAUACAUGCUAGAGAACUUGCGAUGGUGAAUGCCUUUAGGUCCAUGAUGCAUGAUGACAUGAUGGUUGGUGCUUUCUCUCAUUCAACUGCAGUAGGAAAACUUCGUAAAGACCUGCCAGAUGUCCCUGUAGAUGCCCGUGUUAAUUUGCCUCGUUAUAGCUUAGAUGAGGCAGACACUGUUAGCCAUUACUACCUCAGGCAAAGGCUUGUGAGAAGAGAAGCAUUCUCAGAGGAAAACUGGAAAAAAGUGUACUACUUAUCCAAUGGAAAUGGGGCAGAAAUGAGAUGGUUAAUUCCUUUGAUGCGGUAAAUGAUACAGAAAAUAAAAAAUCUCCUCAAAAAUUUUCUAAGAAAUGGGGCCGAUGAGGUUGCUUGGUGUCCCCUUUUGCUUUUCAAUCUUUUUUGAUCAAAUUCUACACUUCUGCUUAUUGUAUCUGGUGAGACAUUUGGUUGAGGUCAUCAUUUUUAUGCCCAGGAACAUGGGAUUCAUAUCUAUAGAACGAUGUACCAUAACGUAGUCAAUGUCUGUAGUCAGUAGUUCGAUCUUCAGGAAA